AUGGAACACAAACGCGAUCCACCUUUAAGGCCGACCAUCUCAACAUAUAACGUGUUCAUCAGGUCCGGUUCGUUGUUGAGGCGGAAUGACCUUACCGAGUUCGCCAUCGAACAACUACGCAAGCUGAAGGAGAACGAUCGUCAUGCCAUAAUGGUACAACCGCCACCAUCGCUGGUAGUCGCUGAAAAUCGGUCAGAAGUAAAUGGAGCAGAGUCCAAGUGGGCGGUGGCCUUGAAAUAUCAGAAGGCUGAACUACCACCAGUCUUGGAGAAACCACUCAUAGCCGACGCGUUCACACUCACGAGCUAUAUCCAGCAUCUCACAGCCACAGGGAACCCCGACGUCGUCGCCGACAUCCUUUUUCAUGUUCUUCCCGAGCUGUCCAUCAUUGACCAUCCAUCGUGGGGCUCUGUUACGGACAAGCAACUCGCUCUCAUACGUAUGCAAACGCGCCAGAUGCGUCUUGCUCGUGCUGUCUCUCUCGGACCGUGGUUUUUCAUUGCUGUCCUCAAUGCUCUUUGCAAGGCCGGGAAAACGGGGCUCGCAGAGCGCGUGUGGUUGCUCGCAAAGCAAGCCGAGCGUGCCAGCUUGACGGGUGCUAUUGGCGUUGAUGGCAGGCCCAUGAAGCCUUGGCGCUUGCCAAUCCAGGCAUAUACAAUAAUGCUGCAAUGUUAUGGCGCUGAAGCGCGUCGCGGUCUUGAGUUGCGCCGCAUCUCCAAGCCAAGGGCGAAUGACUGGGCUCCCAAGAUUGGUGGUAACAAAGUGCAAGGUUGGGCGAGUUUUGUGCUCGCUCAAAAUGCGGCUGCUCGGAAACACAGAUCCCGUCGCACUCUUGCGUUACUCAUGGGUGCAACGAUGUAUCGAAUCAUGCGUCGUGCUGGAAUGGGUAUCUGGAAAGGCUUGUCUGAACUGCAGGAUAUGGACAAAGUCACGCUCAAACCCCCUCGCCCAGACGCCCGUUUCUUCAACGCCGCCCUCGAGAUGUUCGGUCGGCAACCCAGAACGUUCCAGCGGUCAAGUCGUACUACACCUGCGCACUGGCGACGCAAGGUCAACCUUGGAAAUGUCCAGUUCUCCAGGCUAGGCGUGAUGCCUAGAAACUGGAAUCCCUUCCUGGGUAGAAUCGUGAAGGAAAUGCAUGCGCUUGGAUUCAAGGUUCCUUCGGGUUUCAGACGGUUGUUCGAACAUCGCCAUCGGCCUGAACUCAAUCAGCAGCCGUUUGCAUUCCCGAAGUCGCGUAGGUCUCCUUUCCGACCACACGCGCUACGGACACUCAAGACGCGCGGUCUGCCUGUUCGACGUAAGGAAUGGAGGGUGCUUGGUAGGAGGUACCGGUGGAAGCACAGACGGAGACGAAAGUUGCAGAAUGGAGGAGGAAAAGUACGAUAA